GCGAUGGACUGGCACCCUAAUCAGGGUGUACCCUGCCCUGUGCCUGAUGCUCCCUGGGAUAGGCUCCAGGUUCCCUGCGACCCUGAAAAGGAGUAAGUGGUUGAAGAUGGAUGGAUGGAUGGAUGGAUGGAUGGAUGGAUAGUUUUUAUUGGUACCUUUAAUUUGGUAGGCUUUCUAUAUAGUGUAGGCUGUUUCAGCAGCAGACGCCUAUUUAAAGUGCGUGCAGGAACUAGUGGUGCAGAAGUACUGGAGCUGCUGAAAAACAAACCCUGAACGGCAACAACGAAAAAACAAUCACCAAACGGAAAAAAAUGAUGCGACUGAGCAUUGCUAUGUGUAAGUGUUGCUAUGAUUGUUAAUCUGCUUGAGCUGUCCAUAUCGGUACGGGAUGAGCAGAGCUUCAUUACAAUCCCAUGCCAAGCAAAACGUGAAUCAGAAGUUCAGUACAGGAGAAUCACCUGGUAUAAGGUAGAAUUGGGGUCUGAAGUGUUAACUGGUCUUGUAAUGAAAGACCUGCUUACGCAGGAAACUGUCCUCUAUAAAUUUGCUAACCAGUCCUAUGAAGUGGAAGAUGAUUACUCUUUGCUACUCCCGGAGGCUGUGCAGACGGACUGUGGCCGUUACCGCUGCACUCUGUGGCCUCCGGUGGGCCAUUACAUCCAGGAUGGUGACUACGAGUACUAUCCAUUAGACUCUGGUUGCUCAAGACCUCAUCAGCAAAUUAAGACCAUUCCAAGUGAGAAGACCAAGCUGACUUUGUUUAAUGUUCCUGUAAUUCUUGCAAUCUCAAUUUUGCUUGCUGCUGGUAAUAUGGGGAUUGUUUACCUCAGCUGUAAAAAGAUAAUGCAGAAUAAAAAGGCAAAGCAGGAUAUGGACUAUAUGUAAACAUGUGAUAAUGAGUUUAAAGAAACUUUCCAUUUUCUUUUUAUUAUUAUAUAUUUGCUCAACCUUACAGUCUAUAGAUUCUAGAAUAUGAUAUGUUGUUAUUAUAUAUGUAUUAUUAUUGUAAAUAGCAAAUUAUUUUAUUAAUCAAGUGUACUUCAUGGUUUAUACUGUUUACUGUAUAUAGUUCUAUAAAAAAAAGAAAAACACACAUUGCGUUUAUACUGUACCUGUCUUCUGGAAUUCUUUCAUUUUUGAAAAUGUCAGAGAAAAUUUUAUUUUCUUACAUUAAUUUCUGUGAGUUCAUAUUCAAAGAUUUGUAUCCAAGUUUUAUAUGUUUCUGUAAAGCUGCUUUCUGACAAUGUCCAUUGUUAAAAGUGUUAUAUAAAUAAAAUUGAAUUGAUUUGAAGGAUUUAAACAUUAUCAUGAUAUGUAAGGGCACACUGACUUUAGGGUACCAUUAUUAUUAUUAUUAUUAUUAUUAUUAUUAUUAUUAUUAUUAGUAGUAGUAGUAGUAGUAAUAGUAGUAGUAGUAGUAGUAGUAGUAGUAGUAUCAAUAAUAAUAAUAACAACAACAAUCAUAAUAAUCAUCCUUAUCUGAACAUUGGUCUCAUCCUAACAAUUGUUAUUUCAGUGUGACAGCUUUAAAGUUUGAAAUGAGGUGCAGAAAACUUGAUGAUGGAAAACCAGAACAAGCUGUUUGUGUUUUUGUUACAUGAACUGACAUUUUGUCAUGUUUUUUUUCCUUUAUGUUGUUAUUCAAAUGUUAGAAAUAAAUCUACUCGACUCUUACAAGAACUGCACAGUGCAAAAUACAUAUUGCUAACACAGCAGCAUACCUUACUUUCCCCUCCUUACAUGCCUCUCACUUCCUCACUUGGUGUCGGAGCUGAACUUGACAAAGUAGGAUUAGCCAUUGGUGAAAUAUGAAGAAUCGCACACUGUCUAGAAUACUGGCCUUGUGUCUGGCCAUAUAUACAGCUCUGUGUACCACCAAUGAAGAAGCAACUGUCACAGUCCAAUCAGAAUACGACACUAACGCCUUCUUGCCCUGUCCUGCACUGUCUUACAGUAAACAUUACAUUUCCCUCACCUGGUACAAGGUUUCCCCAAACAAAGAGGGCAUUAUUAGAAAUUCAACCAAAGAAGGCAAACCACAACUAUAUAAGAACUACGAGAAUCGUACAGAUGUGUCUCUUACCGAGGAAGGUUCUCUAGUCCUGCAGAAGGUUAACUUUUCACAAGCAGGGAUGUACAAGUGUUACCUGGCUGGAAAAGUUGGACACAGAAAUAAUGAGUCAUUUGUCAUACUGAAUGUAACAGAGAGUGUUACUGAGACAACACCAACCAUGGAUGUCACCAGCAAGUUUGUUCAUCAUUCCACUGAGUUGAACUUUUCUAUGGUCGGUCUGGUUCUGCCAGUGGACGUGAGCCCCUUGUCUGUCUUGAUUGGAUUCUUAAGUCUAAGUCUGAGCAAAGCUCUACUCUGUUUUGUGUGUGUGGGGGGGAUGGCAAGCUUUAAGGAACACCAAAGAAGAAAAUUAUGGGCCAAGUGAGAGAAAAGAAGUCCUGACCUGAGGAUAAUAAAACAUCUACAUUUUGUUCAAAGACUGUUUAUUAAUUUAAGUCAGGUCAUUCUGAAUAAAUAAUAGAUGUUCACAAUCAUAUAUAACUUGUUUGUUCACUGAGAAAGUACGAAGUGACUAUCAUAAAUCCAGUUUAAUUAUGUGUUUUUGUUAUCCUGUACAAAAUACUGAUAUUUCAAUUAGUCAGUAAUUUCAUUUACUUAUAUUUACAUUUAUUAUGCUAACACUUAAGGAUAUUAUAGCCUAUGUAGCCUAAACUAUACUCUCCUCAAUAUGUCUGUGUAACAUAACUUAAUAAUUGUGAAAAUUUCUACAUUUGCAGGUUAACAUGUGUGUGUAUAUAUAUAUAUAUAUAUAUAUAUAUAUAUAUAUAUAUAUAUAUAUAUAUAUAUAUAUAUAUAUAAAUGGCACAAUUUUAUCCAAAGCACUUUACACUGUGUCCCAUUCACCCAUUCACACACACUCACACACCAAUGGUAGCAGAGCUGCCAUGCAAGGUGCUAACUUGCCAUCAGGAGCAACUUGCCCAAGGAGUCAUGCGGUCCAGGAAUCAAACCACCAACCCUACAAUUACUGGACAACCCACGCUACCAACUGAGCCACCCCUAUAUAUGCUUGUUUUAGAAAAUAAUUUUUGCAUUCUUUUCUAAUUUAAUACAACAAUUUUCAUUAUAAAUUAUGUCAGUUAUUUCAGUUGAGUGAAAAGUAGAAUCUUUGAAACAUAUUUAAAAUAUUUACAUGAAUUUGACACAAAGAACUUGUCAUUUGUGAGAGAAUAAUCAGCAUUUCAGACUCAUAGUGGCAGAUUCAAGCAGUUGUAGUUAUUGAAUUGUGUUUGUGCUAGAAAAUUUCCAAGAGAAAAAUAUAUUUGUGACAAAAUAUUCUACAGGAGUGCAACUCUCAUUGCAUGAAUUUACAUACUGAGUUGGGGAUGAAUAAAAUUUGUCCAUGACUUCA